UGAAGAGAGCUCCGAUUCCGAAACGGCUAAAACCGCUUUCACACUGCCUCUUUCGCGCAGAUCCAUACAAAACCACCGGAAAAGUUUUCAAAUCCCGAAGCGGAUUCGCGCACGGAAACCCACAGUCGAUUCUCCGGUGAGAGGAUUGUUUCGGCGGCGAGGUCGGGGGCAUGGGGAACAGCAUAUACAGGUUCCUGUGCGGCCUCUGCUCGCCGUCGCCGGAGUACCAGCCGCACGGCGCGCACCCCGCCGUCGCGGCGCUCGGCCGGGACAUCCAGCAGUUCGAGGCCACCUCGCAGGUUCCGGAUGGGCUGAGCCGGCAUGUAGUCUCCUCCAAGAAAGCGCAGGCUAAUUGGUACAAGAAGCUGAUAGUGACAUGGAAGAAAGCCAGGCCGACGCCGAGGACGCCGGAGGAAGCCGCGCGGCUCGUCGUCACCACGCUGAAGAAUCAUCAGAAAGCAGACGUCGAGGGAUUCUUGGUUUUCUAUGGCCUUCCAAUUCCAAAUGCAGCAGCAAGUACCCCUGCGCCUCACACUGCACACGUCCCAAAACCUCAAGGUUGCAAGUUUGAGCUGCACACUCUCCCGGUCGAUGCAAAGGCCGUGGCCGACGGCGACACGAUCACCGUGUACAUUGACACGGCCGAUCCUCGGGAGUCCGGCAAUGUUCCCCGUGAAAUUCAGAAAGCGGCGGCGGAACGGACAAGGGCGCGCGCGGCCAGGGAUUAUCAGAAGGCCGACGGGUUGCAGAAGAUGAUAGCUGAUGCAGGAUAUAGGCAAGUUCCUAAUGCGAGAGGCGAGGAAGUGCUCGCAAAGAAGUACAGGAUCAGGCUAAGGGGGAUUGAUGCGCCGGAGAGCGCCAUGCCGUACGGCAAGGAGGCAAAAGAGGCGCUUCUGAAAAUGGUGCAGGGAAAGAGCCUGAAGGUCUAUGUGUAUGAUGAGGACCGGUAUGGUAGAUGCGUCGGAGAUAUCUACUGCGAUGGGGUGUUUGUGCAGGAGCAAAUGUUGAAGAAAGGAUGUGCAUGGCACUAUACUGCCUAUGACCAACGACCAGAGCUGGCCAAGUGGGAGAAACAGGCGCAAUCUGGCAGGAAGGGCUUGUGGGCGGCGUCAAGGCCACAGAAGCCAUGGGAAUGGAGGAGGGACAAGCGCAAUGGUACAGCAUGAACAUGAACCAUGAACAACAGAUGAUUGAUUUAUAAUAUUAGCUCUUUCAGACUUGUAGCCCGGAGCAAUAUAUGCUUUACACCACAGUAGAAGUGUAGAUCGUGUAGUGUGUACACUAGUACAUCGGCAGAGGGGUUGUCAAGGAAGAAGAGGGCGUUGAUUGGUGUGUGUACUAUAAUUGAUUAAGUGCAUAUCGUGAUUUGUGUGUUGUAUUGUAUUUGAGAAUUGCAUUGUUGUAAAACUGAAACUGGUAGAGGAUGUCCAAGUGAAUUCAAUGUUGUUCAGGAACUUCAUAAAGCUGAAUAUAAGUAAUCAUCUAUCCCCCUUCUCUGAAA